GUUUUGCGACAGUGCCGUGCGCCAAUACGCCGUCGUUACCGAGUGAAGUGCGUCUCUUUGGAGCAGAUACCGGCUGAGAGAAUCGCAGCAACAAGAGAAAGGGAUAUAUUUCGGGAUCGUUUUCCACUCGGACUGUCUCUGAGCACCGCGCACCUCCUCCGGUACAUUAAAUUCAAGCCGAAAACUGGAUGUGUGAGCUGGGCUGAGGAAAGAAAGGGCCACGCUGGGGAAGGCAACUAGCUGAUUUAGUAAACCGAGCUCGUCGGAGUAGCCUAGUUGCCUCCCAAGCGACGCUUUAAUAAAAAAAAAGGGAAGGAGCGGAUACGUUUAGCGCAAACAAAGGUGAAAAUGGACUAUGAUUUUAAAGUGAAGUUGACCGGCGAAAGAGAGCGUGUCGAGGACCUGUUUGAGUACGAAGGAUGCAAAGUGGGAAGAGGCACCUACGGUCAUGUAUACAAGGCGAAGAGAAAAGAUGGGAAGGAUGAUAAGGACUACGCCCUUAAGCAGAUUGAAGGCACUGGCAUCUCCAUGUCAGCCUGCAGAGAGAUUGCACUCUUGCGGGAACUGAAGCACCCCAAUGUCAUCUCACUGCAGAAGGUUUUCCUGUCACAUGCAGACCGUAAAGUAUGGCUGCUCUUCGACUAUGCUGAACACGAUCUCUGGCACAUUAUUAAGUUCCACAGAGCAUCCAAGGCCAACAAGAAGCCACUUCAGCUGCCCAGAGGAAUGGUCAAGUCUUUACUCUACCAGAUCCUGGAUGGCAUUCAUUACCUCCACGCCAACUGGGUCCUGCACAGAGACCUUAAACCAGCUAACAUUUUAGUGAUGGGAGAAGGGCCAGAGAGGGGUAGAGUAAAGAUUGCGGACAUGGGGUUUGCCCGUCUCUUUAAUUCACCACUGAAGCCUUUAGCCGAUCUCGACCCUGUGGUGGUCACCUUCUGGUACAGAGCACCUGAACUACUGCUGGGGGCUCGGCACUAUACCAAAGCCAUAGACAUCUGGGCUAUUGGCUGCAUCUUUGCAGAGCUGCUGACGUCUGAGCCUAUAUUCCACUGCCGCCAGGAAGACAUCAAGACCAGUAACCCUUACCACCACGAUCAGCUGGAUCGCAUCUUUAACGUCAUGGGCUUCCCUGCUGAUAAAGACUGGGAGGACAUCAAAAAGAUGCCAGAGCACUCCACACUGAUGAAAGACUUUAGAAGGAACACGUACACAAACUGCAGCCUUAUAAAGUACAUGGAAAAACAUAAAGUCAAACCGGACAGCAAAGCAUUCCACUUGCUGCAGAAGUUGUUGACCAUGGACCCUAUACGUAGAAUCACAUCUGAACAGGCCAUGCAGGACCCUUACUUCUUGGAGGAGCCACUGCCAACAUCUGAUGUGUUUGCAGGCUGCCAAAUUCCAUACCCCAAGAGAGAGUUUCUUACGGAGGAGGAACCAGAGGACAAAGCAGACAAAAAAAACCAGCAGCAGCAGCAGGGCAACAACCACACAAAUGGGGCAGGGCAUACUGGCAACCCAGACAACAGCCACGCCCAAGGCCCACCUCUGAAGAAAGUGCGUGUUGUCCCGCCCACCACUACCUCAGGUGGCCUCAUCAUGACCUCAGACUACCAGCGCUCCAAUCCACAUGCUGCCUACCAGAACCCUGGACCAAGCACAUCACUGCCCCAAAGCAGCAUGGGAUACUCCUCUACCUCCCAACAGCCUCCCCAGUAUUCCCACCAAACCCAUCGCUACUGAAACAACCCCCCGGCACACUUAAGUACACACAUUUAAGCAAAAACACAUCACACACAUUAACAGCCGGCACCGCGCCCACCUUGAACGAAUGUACAAAGGAAGGUGGGGAUGUACACGGCAACCACCCCACCAGCACCACCAUCACACCCAGGGCACUUUCUCUACAGCUGUCCGUUAGGCCAGAAUGAAAACGAUCUUCACUUCAAUAUAACACAUUGUAAUCCCAGUAUUAGAAACGCAUAUAGAGUAAAACUGGGUGACGGGUGAAACACAAGGCGGGAGGAUGAGAGGAAUGGAUACUAUGUUUAAAUCCAAUGUGUUUCUGUUAAUGAGAUAUAAGUAAACCAGCAAAGAGGCGGUGGCUUGGUUUAGGGGGGCACCUUAUCCUGUCGUUUCCUCCCCUCUUCUCUUGUCUCUGCACCGUUGCGUACAUCCUGCCCCAGUGAGUUAUCCUUUUCUGUUGAAUCAUGGAUGAGACUGAAGCUGCUAUGUGACUGCCAGUGUGGACAGAUUCCCUGUCCGUCUGUCCUCCUGUCUGUCUGUUUUAUUUCUUGUGAGUGUGGCCCCACGAGGGCCUGUGAUAAGGACUGAACUGAGCUGCUGUGAAGCAUGCUGGGAGGAGCCCACAGCUUUGGUGUUAAAGGGUUUUGUUCAGAAAGGACAAACAACAACAACGACAAAAAUGAUUUUAGUAGUUUAUAAUUUAAUAUGUUUUUAUUUGGUUUCAUGGCAAGAGUGGCUAGUAACUAGCGCUAGCUGAGCACUUGGCUCUGCUGUACGCUGUGGGCAAGCCUUACAACAUGAUUACAAAAACAAACCAAUCGCAUGGAGGACAACAGAUGGAACAUGCAUUGUACUGUAUUAUAUUGAAAUAUUUUACAUGAAGCAAGUAUCCUGACAAUAAAAAUGAAAACAUUUAA